AUGGAUCAUUCUUCCCAGCACAUAGGUGAACCUGAACCCCUCUUCUCUUUCCCUGAGCUUGAGUUGCGGCGCGCGUAUCCUCAGCCACUUGAAACAUACAUUCGAACCAUCUACGAGGACCUCUUCCGUCUACGCACUGAACACGUCGCUGCUAUUCUUCUCGUCAACUUUCGGGAAAUUAAGCCAAAUGGUGCUCUGGGUCCCGGGAAUGAUCCCUGUGCAGUGUUCAACGACCCAGGGUGGUUAAAGGGCACACUUAACAGCAUUGAUGCAUUCUGCAAGCGCUAUAUGCUUCACCUUGACACCGAGAAUGUCGCUCACCAAGACUGGGGCCACGCUUUGCCCGAGACACUGGAACUCUGGAAGGGCAAUGAGAUAAAUACCGAUGAUCUCACUUCCGACUUUCGGGCUCAAGACUAUGACUCUCAUUUCAGGACCGAUGCUGGUCUCCAAGACUAUCCUCAAGACACAGUCGAGGAGGACAAGUGCCGCAACCGUGAUGGGAAUGUUUGUGUGGUGACUGGGAAAGCCAACCCAAAGAUAUUCUGGUUUUUCCCCUCCACUCUUAACAACACCGUGAUACGUAACGAUAUGACGGGGAAUCUUGCGGGGUCAGGUGAACUCAUUGCGGAUAUUGACCUCACGACGAUCCGAAGACCAAACCCUUUCUGCAACAAGCGCCAACUAGGAGGAUCUCACAAAGCGUGGAAUAUGAUCUGCAUCGAUCCAGCUAUUUACAAGCCCCUCACAAGCGGACUAUGCGCGUUCAAGCAUUAUGAGGAUGCAAAGCUCCAAUAUGGCAAUGUCAAGGUGGCCUUGCAGUUUUACUGGAUGCCCCGGACAAAGGGUCGAUUUGGCCAGCCCUUUGAUAUGGAGAACGACUGGCAACACCUGAUGGAUGAGCUUCAGGCAUCCCAAGACAAGAGCUAUCCUCCACCGUCCUCCUGCGAGAAUGAGCCAACCACCACGUCAGGUGAGCCGCUUCGAUCAGGGCAUCUCAUUCACGUCAUCGUGCCAGAUCAGGAUGUCCGGUAUCUCAAGUCUGCUGUCAAGGUGCACUGGGCUUGCAGCAUGUUUACAUCCUUGUGUGGUGCCUCUGGACGCCCUUAUUUAUUAUCGGGCAAGGAGUAUGACAAUCCGAUCAUGCACCGGGUUCAGCACCAAGCCAUAUGGGAAGAGCAGGGAGACAACUAG